AUGUCGAACUUGAUCAAUCGCGUGGGUAAUUCCUCACAAGCGCAGUUUACAGCCACUGCGCUUGUCUCUGGUGCGGUAGUGGCAGGUGCAAUUUUUAGUUACCAGGCCCUGAGAAGGCAGGAGAAAGUGGAAGAUCUCAAGAGCUCGAUACCUAGUUUGGGACGAGAUCAUCAUGCUGAUUUGCUUACGGAUAUGGGGAUUGCGCCCAAGGGUACGGGCAUGAGUAAAGAAGAUGAGAGGGGUGCUGCAUUGGCGGAGAGAGCGAGGAAGGGCGAUUACGAUGAUGAACUCAUUUUAGAACAAUUGGCCCGAAAUCGAGUCUUUUUAAAAGAUGACGGAUUACAAAAGUUACGCUCAGCAUUUGUGGUUGUGGUUGGUUGUGGAGGUGUUGGAUCGCAUUGCACGGCAGCUCUUGCGCGCUCAGGAGUAUCGCAUAUACGUCUUAUCGAUUUCGACCAAGUUACUCUCUCAUCUCUCAACAGACACGCUGUCGCGACGCUCGCAGAUGUUGGCACACCAAAAGUGGGAUGUUUGAAGAACCGUUUACAACAAAUUGCCCCAUGGGUAAACUUCGAUUUAAGAAACGAACUUUUCCACGCCAAAGCAGCGGACUCCCUCCUUGAAGAAUGGGAUGGUAGAAAGCCGGACUAUAUUGUAGAUGCCAUUGAUAACAUCGAUAGUAAGGUGGAAUUGCUGGAAUAUUGUUAUAAAAACAAUCUACCAGUGAUUUCAUCUAUGGGCGCAGGAUGCAAAUCAGACCCUACCAGAGUCUUCGUUGGAGAUAUAUCUGCUAGUACCGAUGAUCCACUCUCUCGCUCCACUCGAAGAAGACUCCGCUUACUAGGAAUUACGUCUGGUAUCAAUGUGGUAUAUUCAACAGAAAAGCCUGGACCAGGAAAGGCGCAACUAUUACCUUUACCGGAAGAUGAAUUCAAGAAAGGCUCAGUUGGCGAUCUUGGCGUAUUACCUGAUUUCCGCGUACGAAUAUUGCCAGUUUUAGGCACUAUGCCCGCUGUCUUCGGAUAUGUAGUCGCCAAUCAUUUGAUCCUUCAAAUCACAGGUUAUCCGUGCGAAUACGUUCCAGCCAAAGGUCGGGACAAGAUGUAUGACGGAAUACUCGCUCAACUGCAAGGGUUUGAAGAAAAGCUAGCACGUGCUACCACUGAACAUGAAGAUGCACAGGGAUUGAAGGUCCCAUUAACAUCUGCCGAUGUGGGAUACAUAGUCGAGGAAGUUUACAAGGGAAAAUCGGCAUUGAGUGGGGUAUCAACAAGAUUGUCGUUGACGAGGUGGAGGAAACCUGAAGAAGGAAGUACUCUGGAUUCGAGUGUUGAGGGACAGAAAGUAAGCAAAGUUAGGGCGAGAGACUUGGUGUGUAUGACAAGGGAGGAGGCAACAAAACACGAGAAGCUUGUAUUCAAGGAAGGAAAGAAAGUAGAAGAUGUGUAUGAUAGUACCACGAUAGAAAAAGUAGAGGCAAGGAUCAGAGAGGAGAUUGGGUAUGAAAAGUAUAGGUGA